AUGCCUAACGUAACUCAAAAUAUAACUAACAGAUGCCAAUAUUUAAACAUAUCUCUUAACGAUCUUAUAAGCAAAACAAAUGAAACACAUAGUUACGUUAACAAAAAAACAAUUAAUAAAACAUUACAUAAAUUAUCCGAAAAACAAAAAUCCAAAAAUCGAAAAGAAUAUGAUAAACGUAAAGAAGAAAAAUAUCUACAAAAUUCUGUCAUGAAUUUAUUUACAGAUACUGAGAGUAUUUUCUUACCAGAUAUUGUCACAUAUGAUUUAUGUAAAAAUAAUAACCAUAACCAUAAAAAUAAUAAGCAUAUUCUUUGUUUAAUAGAUGAUGUGUUUUUGUGUAAACAGAUUGUCUGUGCUUCUCUUCCUUAUUUGUGGGAAGAUCCUUUUUAUUCAUGUGUCGGAAGAAACUAUACGAGUUUACAAAAAAUAAUUUAUUAUUAUUUAUCUGAUAAAGAAAGUAUUUUAUUUCAAAUUUAUUCUUCUCACUUUGAUGAUAUGGAAAAACCUCUUUUUGAUUAUUUAUCCUUCAUUAAACAAAUUCGUAUUGAUAAUAUUUUUAGUAUCGUUACUCAUGGAAUUGAUUAUGAAUUCGAUCCCCAUAAAGAUGGAAAAAUCCAAAUCACAAAAACCGUUCUUGAAUUAAUAUUCGAUUAUUAA